AUGGCGAAAAAACUAGACCUUUCUGCUAUGCUUCUACCAAAUAUUUCCAUGAUUGCAAAAAUCCAUUUGUUAGGAUUUCAAAGCUCACAGAAUCUAAAUUACGUUCUCUUUACCAUUUUCCUUAUUGUCUACUGUCUGACGUUAUGUGGAAACCUCCUCAUGCUGACAGUCUUACUGACCACAGUCAUUGCCCCCAGUCUGCUCCAUGUUCUACUGCAUAAAGUUGGGAUCAUUUCCUUUGCAGCCUGCAUUGCCCAGUUAUUUAUAUUUGUCUUCUGUGAGGUAUCAGAGUGUUUUCUUCUGACAGUCAUGUCUUAUGACAGAUAUUUGGCCAUCUGUAACCCAUUACGUUAUACCACCAUCAUGAAUCACAAUUUGUGCCUGAAGUUGAUCGUCAUAAGUUGGUUGCUGGGUUUUUCUGUGUCGACGGUUGAAAUUACACCAACAUCCUUGCUAGAAUUUUGUGGACCAAACACAAUUGACCACUUCUUCUGUGAUAUGCCUCCAUUACUUGAGCUAUCGUGUUCAGAUACCAGUGGUGUCCAGUUGGAAAUUAUGUUAAUAUCUGCCCCUGUUCUUCUAUGUGAUUUUAUAAUAAUUAUAAUGUCCUAUAGUUAUAUCAUCUUUGUCAUCCUGAAGAUUCCUUCAUCUACUGGUAGACAGAAAGCCUUCUCCACCUGCAGCUCCCACCUCACUGUGGUCUCCAUAUUCUAUGGAACAAUAUUUGGUGUUUAUCUACUUCCAACCAAAGGACAAUCAUUGAAUAUAAACAAAUUAUUGUCACUGCUGUACACUGUUGGGACUCCGUUGAUGAAUCCUGUGAUAUACAGCUUAGAAACUCACACAUCAUUAAAACAUUUGGAACAUUUAAAAGUAAUUUCUUGCAGAAGAUACAAAAAAUAA